GCCACCCAGACACCUGCCUGCCUGACCUGCUCCUGUCCCUCCCUGCCUGCAGUUCAACAGCUUUGAGCAGCUCUGCAUCAACUUCACCAACGAGAAGCUGCAGCAGUUCUUCAACCACCACAUGUUCGUGCUGGAGCAGGAGGAGUACAAGAAGGAGGGCAUCGAGUGGGAGUUCAUCGACUUUGGCAUGGACCUGCAGGCCUGCAUCGACCUCAUCGAAAAGCCCAUGGGCAUCAUGUCCAUCCUGGAAGAGGAAUGCAUGUUCCCCAAGGCUACUGACAUGACCUUCAAGGCCAAGCUCUAUGACAACCACCUGGGCAAGUCCAACAACUUCCAGAAGCCACGCAAUAUCAAGGGGAAGCCGGAAGCCCACUUCUCCCUGAUCCACUAUGCUGGCACCGUGGACUACAACAUCUUGGGCUGGCUGGAGAAGAAUAAGGACCCACUCAAUGAGACAGUGGUGGGCUUGUACCAGAAGUCCUCCCUCAAACUCAUGGCCACACUCUUCUCUUCCUAUGCUUCUGUUGAUAGUGGGGAUAGUGGUAAAGGCAAAGGAGGCAAGAAAAAGGGCUCAUCCUUCCAGACCGUGUCUGCUCUCCACCGGGAAAAUCUGAAUAAGCUGAUGACCAACCUGAGGUCCACCCAUCCUCACUUUGUGCGCUGCAUCAUCCCCAAUGAACGAAAGGCUCCAGGGGUGAUGGACAACCCCCUGGUCAUGCACCAGCUGCGCUGCAACGGUGUUCUGGAGGGCAUCCGCAUCUGCAGGAAGGGCUUCCCCAACCGCAUCCUCUAUGGGGACUUCCGGCAGAGGUAUCGCAUCCUGAACCCGGCGGCCAUCCCUGAGGGACAGUUCAUUGACAGCAGGAAAGGGGCAGAGAAACUGCUGAGCUCUCUGGACAUUGACCACAACCAGUACAAGUUUGGCCACACCAAGGUGUUCUUCAAAGCUGGGCUUCUGGGGCUGCUGGAAGAGAUGCGAGAUGAGAGGCUAAGCCGCAUCAUCACACGCAUCCAGGCCCAGUCCAGGGGCCAGCUCAUGCGCAUUGAGUUCAAGAAGAUCGUGGAGCGCAGGGAUGCCCUGCUGGUAAUCCAGUGGAACAUUCGGGCCUUCAUGGGAGUCAAGAAUUGGCCAUGGAUGAAACUCUACUUCAAGAUCAAGCCACUGCUGAAGAGCGCAGAGACAGAGAAGGAGAUGGCCAACAUGAAGGAGGAGUUCGGGCGCAUCAAAGAGACACUGGAGAAAUCUGAGGCUCGCCGCAAGGAGCUGGAGGAGAAGAUGGUGUCCCUGCUACAGGAAAAGAAUGACCUGCAGCUCCAAGUGCAGGCAGAACAAGACAACCUCAAUGAUGCAGAGGAGCGAUGCGACCAGCUGAUCAAGAACAAGAUCCAGCUGGAGGCCAAGGUGAAGGAGAUGACCGAGAGGCUGGAGGAUGAGGAGGAGAUGAAUGCUGAGCUCACUGCCAAGAAGCGCAAGCUAGAAGAUGAGUGCUCUGAGCUCAAGAAGGACAUUGAUGACUUGGAGCUGACACUGGCCAAGGUGGAGAAGGAGAAACACGCAACAGAGAACAAGGUGAAGAACCUGACAGAGGAGAUGGCUGGGCUGGAUGAGAUCAUUGCCAAACUGACCAAGGAGAAGAAAGCUCUGCAAGAGGCCCACCAGCAGGCCCUGGAUGACCUUCAGGCUGAGGAGGACAAGGUCAACACCCUCACCAAGUCUAAGAUGAAGCUGGAGCAGCAGGUGGAUGAUCUGGAGGGAUCCCUGGAGCAAGAAAAAAAGGUGCGCAUGGACCUGGAGCGAGCGAAGCGGAAGCUGGAGGGUGACCUGAAGCUGACCCAGGAGAGCAUCAUGGACCUGGAGAAUGACAAACUGCAGCUGGAAGAAAAGCUCAAGAAGAAAGAGUUUGACAUUAACCAGCAGAACAGUAAGAUUGAGGAUGAGCAGGCUCUGGCCCUUCAGCUGCAGAAGAAACUGAAGGAAAACCAGGCACGCAUUGAGGAGCUGGAGGAGGAGCUGGAGGCUGAGCGCACGGCCAGGGCCAAAGUGGAGAAGCUGCGCUCAGACCUGUCCCGAGAGCUGGAGGAGAUCAGUGAGAGGCUGGAGGAGGCCGGAGGGGCCACAUCUGUGCAGAUCGAGAUGAACAAGAAGCGAGAGGCCGAGUUCCAGAAGAUGAGGAGGGACCUGGAGGAGGCCACGCUGCAGCACGAGGCCACAGCCGCAGCCCUGCGCAAGAAGCACGCUGACAGUGUGGCCGAGCUGGGUGAGCAGAUCGACAACCUGCAGCGGGUGAAGCAGAAGCUGGAGAAGGAGAAGAGCGAGUUCAAGCUGGAGCUGGACGAUGUCACCUCCAACAUGGAGCAGAUCAUCAAGGCCAAGGCAAACCUGGAGAAAGUGUCUCGGACACUGGAGGACCAGGCCAAUGAGUACCGCAUGAAGCUGGAAGAGGCCCAGCGCUCCCUCAAUGACUUCACUACACAGCGAGCCAAGCUGCAGACCGAGAAUGGAGAGUUAGCCCGGCAACUAGAGGAAAAGGAGGCUCUGAUCUCCCAACUGACACGGGGGAAGCUCUCCUACACCCAGCAGAUGGAAGACCUCAAGAGGCAGUUAGAGGAGGAAGGCAAGGCCAAGAACGCCCUGGCCCACGCACUGCAGUCGGCCCGGCAUGACUGUGACCUGCUGCGGGAGCAGUAUGAAGAGGAGAUGGAGGCCAAGGCCGAACUACAGCGUGUCCUGUCCAAGGCCAACUCAGAGGUGGCCCAGUGGAGGACCAAGUAUGAGACAGAUGCCAUCCAGAGAACAGAGGAGCUGGAGGAGGCCAAGAAGAAGCUGGCCCAGAGGCUACAGGAUGCAGAGGAGGCCGUGGAGGCCGUCAACGCCAAGUGCUCUUCCCUGGAGAAGACCAAGCACCGGCUGCAGAACGAGAUCGAGGACCUGAUGGUGGACGUGGAGCGCUCUAACGCUGCCGCCGCGGCCCUGGACAAGAAACAGAGGAACUUUGACAAGAUCCUGGCCGAGUGGAAGCAGAAGUAUGAGGAGUCACAGUCCGAGCUGGAGUCUUCGCAGAAGGAGGCUCGUUCCCUCAGCACUGAGCUCUUCAAGCUCAAGAACGCCUAUGAGGAGUCGCUGGAGCACCUGGAGACCUUCAAGAGGGAGAACAAGAACCUGCAGGAGGAAAUCUCGGACCUGACUGAGCAGCUGGGAGAAGGAGGAAAGAAUGUGCACGAGCUGGAGAAGGUCCGCAAGCAGCUGGAGGUGGAGAAGCUGGAGCUGCAGUCAGCCCUGGAGGAGGCUGAGGCCUCCCUGGAGCAUGAGGAGGGCAAGAUCCUUCGAGCCCAGCUGGAGUUCAACCAGAUCAAGGCAGAGAUUGAGCGGAAGCUGGCAGAGAAGGACGAGGAGAUGGAGCAGGCCAAGCGCAACCACCUGCGGAUGGUGGACUCGCUGCAGACCUCCCUGGAUGCAGAGACACGCAGCCGCAAUGAGGCCCUGCGGGUGAAGAAAAAGAUGGAGGGCGACCUCAAUGAGAUGGAGAUCCAGCUCAGCCAUGCCAACCGCAUGGCUGCUGAAGCUCAGAAGCAAGUCAAGAGCCUCCAGAGCUUGUUGAAGGACACCCAGAUCCAGCUGGAUGACGCAGUCCGCGCCAAUGAUGACCUGAAGGAGAACAUCGCCAUCGUGGAGAGGCGCAACAAUCUGCUCCAGGCUGAGCUGGAGGAGCUUCGGGCCGUGGUGGAGCAGACUGAGCGGUCACGGAAGCUGGCUGAGCAGGAACUGAUUGAGACCAGCGAGCGGGUGCAGCUGCUGCACUCCCAGAACACCAGCCUCAUCAACCAGAAAAAGAAGAUGGAUGCAGACCUCUCCCAGCUCCAGACUGAAGUGGAGGAGGCAGUGCAGGAGUGCAGGAAUGCCGAGGAGAAGGCCAAGAAGGCCAUCACAGAU